AUGAAGACAGAAAAAGAUUUAUCUUAUGCAUUUAGACGAAAUGCAUGCGAUAUUUUCCUAACAUCAACUGUAAAUGUAUUUUCAAGUGCAUAUAUUCCCGAAAAAACUCGAACAGGGAUUGCAAUUUGGCAAGAUGAUGUGAUAGAUGGGACUGUAGUUGAUAUUAAGUGCAUAGAGAACAUGCAAACAGUAUCAAAUCAUGUAUUUAGCAAUAAUAUUGGAAAUUCCGGUGAAUCAGGAAUACCAAAUGAAUCAGGAAUGUUACAAGAUUCGGGAGGACCAGAGGGAACAUCAAUGCACAGUGUAGAAGAAGGAGUAGUAUCAGGAGGGAUGAGGGAAGGUGAUUGGAUGAAUAGAACAUGGUGUGGACAUGGUAAAAAAAGAACAAUAAACAUGUCAAUGAAUGGCCUACGACGGCCUCUUGCUGCAUUAUCAACAAAUACACUAUCACUUAAGAAAAAAGAAAUAUAUAGCACUAUUGCAAUGUAUGAUUCAGCUUUCCAGUAUGAUCCAGUAUAUACAUGUAAUAACUCAGCUACAAUUUUUUCUAUUACACCAUCUCUUACAGAAAUAUACCAUUCUACACCGGCUGAUUUUAAAAUAGCAUCUUUAAGCUCUGAAAACAAUGUUGAAGAUAUGCUUUCUAAUAUAAAUGUUGCUAGCUCUCUUGCUGAAGAUAACACGCUACAGGAAAAAGAUACGCUUGCUCUUUCUUCAUUUGUUCUUGCUCAAUUUAGAACUAAACGUAUUGCAACACUUCGAGCUACGACUCUUGGGAAACGUAUUGGGCGAGAAUUGACAAAACUUUCAAGUAAUACUUCACAUAAACGUGCUUUCCCUAACAAUAAACGAACUAUUAUCGCUGGUCGACAGUUUCGCCGUAUGCGCCAGAAAGCUACUGAAGAUGAAGUUGAUGAUUUACCUCUUGAGUCAAAUUUUUUUUAUUCUAAUAAACAUAAUGCUUAUUCUAUUUCUUCACAGAAACCUAUGCAUUCUUCAUGCACAUUUUCAGAAAAACAGAAUUCUGACAGUAAUGCAGCACUUAAAAGCGAAACAUCUUCAGAUUCAUCUCUUUCUUCUAACAUUUUCUCCCCUCUUUCUUCAUCAAGACCUACAUCACCUUCUACUCCACCUUUAAUAAGUCAACGUUCAUUUCCUGAAAAUAUUCCUAUUCAUCCGGAUUUUUUUCGCUAUUAUCUUGCUCAUCCACGCUCUACUUACUCUAAUGGUAAUCCUCCAAUUCAAUAUGAUGUAGACGAUCUUUAUAAUCCACGCUAUAUUAAAGGUGUAGGAAUAAAUAAAAUGGGAAUGUGCCCAAUCUGCUGCGAAAGUGUUGAAAGAGGUGGUCAGGGGAAAGAAGUUUGGUUGAAAAUGAAAAUAAGUGCCUUUUGGUAUCAUAUGAAUUUCUUUCAUGGAAUUAAUCCUACAACAGCAUUACCAUAUUCUCCACCAGUAUCCUUUCGAACAGUACCUUUAGGAUCUGUUGUUACUAAUGGUUCUUCAAAAAAGAAAAAAACUGCAGGAUUUACUAGUAUUCCAGAUAGAAAGGAAAUUCUUGAAGGCAAAUGUCAUAAAUGUAAGAAGUGGGUACGUGUACAAGGUGUAAAAGAGCAAGAGGUUAAAGUAGCUGAAAUUUUCUGGUGGAAACAUGCACGUAGCUGUCAUGGUACUAGUCGUAUUAAAGGAGAAGGAUGUGAAAUGAGAUAA